UGGAAACUAACCCUUCAGACUGAACGAAACACAGAAGAUAUAAUAUAAGUUAAUUUUCCCACAUGAAUACUGUCCAUGCUCUAUAAUCACCUAGUUCACUAGUAGUGCAUGAGCUUCAACCAUGGACCCCAGAAUCUCCUUCUCUUAUGAUUUUGUGGUUUCCCAACAAGCAAUCAAGCAUGAAAAUAUAUACAGAGAAGAUCCCGUCUCUUCGGAUUUCGAAUUCUCUGUCAAGAACAAUUCUAUGAUAUCAGCAGAUGAAGUCUUUUUCCAGGGUAUGUUGUUGCCUCUGAAGAGUGAUUGCUCCAAUAAGAAGGUGACUUUGAGGGAUGAGUUGCUUGUGAAUGAUGACUAUGAAGAGGAGUUACCAAGAAUACCAAAGAGUUCAAGCAGGUGGAAGCAGAGAUUAGGCCUCAGGAGAGGUUCAUCUAAGAAAGAUAAGAAUAAGAAUAAUGAGGGGUUUCAGCAGACUAGAGUUGAUGAUGAGAAAGGGUUCUGUUCUGGACAAGGAGACAAGACUGCUAGCUAAGACAAUAUGGGAAAUGUUAAUUUCAUGAAGGUGGUGUGUAAGGUUUAAUUAGGAGCAAGUGAUGAAAUCUAUAGGAGCAGCAUUAAUUUCUCAAGGAGGGGAUGACAUUCUAUAAUAUCUAAAGACAUUAAUUGAUAGAAUUUUGGGCGCUGACUUCCUUUUUCAACAGUUAAGUUAAAUUUAACCUAAGUUAUGUUCCCCAUCUUUGUAGUAGAAGACGGUAGUGGUAUUAGUAGUACUUCUAGCAUUUUGAUCUUUGUACAAAAAUUUGCAGUUGAAGACCUUCCAUGAGUCUGAGUAUUUUUCUUGGUGUAGUGUAUCAGGUAGUCGUGCCUCUUAUUGUUUGAUAUAUAGUAAGUUGGUAUUAGUCCCUGUAGGUUGUCAGGCAUCUUCUUCCCUUUCUACUACUUUUAAGCAAGUUCACUUCUCUAAUAUAUUCUUGGCUUUAAUUUGAUAUUCAUUA